GGCCUCGCGGGGGAGGGUCCUUACGACGCCAGCGCGGCCAGGCGACCCCGGCUUGCUUCGGCCACCAUGCCGCGCUCUUUCCUCGUCAGGAAGUCUGCCUGCUCCCGCCGGAGGCCCAACUACAGCGAGCUGCACGACUCUUCUCCAGAGUUCACCUUCCAGCAGCCCUACGACCAGGCCCACCUGCUGGCGGCCAUCCCGCCUCCGGAGGUCCUCAACCCCACAGCCUCGCUGCCCACGCUCAUCUGGGACUCUCUCCUGGCGCCACAAGCCCAGCCGGUUGGCUGGGCCUCCCUUCUACCCCGGGAGAUCCCCAAGGUGGUUGAGCUGACCUCGCUGUCCGACGAGGACAGUGGGAAAGGCUCCCAGCCUCCCAGCCCACCCUCGCCAGCCCCGUCCUCCUUCUCCUCCACCUCAGCCUCUUCCCUGGAGGCCGACGGUUACGCUGCCUUCCCGGGCUUGGGCCCAUUGCCCAAGCAGCUGUCCGGGCUCUCAGGGGCCAAGGACCCCCAGUCUCGCAAGGCCUUCAACUGCAAAUACUGCAACAAGGAAUACGUCAGCCUGGGUGCCCUCAAGAUGCACAUCCGAAGCCACACCCUGCCCUGCGUCUGUGGCACCUGCGGGAAGGCCUUCUCCAGGCCCUGGCUGCUGCAGGGCCACGUCCGGACCCACACCGGGGAGAAGCCCUUCUCCUGCUCCCACUGCAACCGCGCUUUUGCCGACCGCUCCAACCUGCGGGCCCACCUCCAGACCCACUCAGACGUCAAGAAGUACCAGUGCAAGACGUGCUCCCGCACCUUCUCCCGCAUGUCCCUGCUCCACAAACACGAAGAGUCAGGCUGCUCAGGGGGCCCCCGCUGACCCCCACGGCUGCUUCUGCCUCUCCAGACCCUCCCCUUGCAGCGGCCUCCCCCAGCUCUGGAAGGAAGGACCCCUGCAUCCUUCCCACCGCCGUGGAAUUCCCUUUUGAGCUCCCCUUUUGGCUGUUGUAGCUUCACAGGGCGCUGAGGACCAUUUCCAGUGUGUCUGCUUGGGGGGCCUCGGUUGGCUCUGUGGACGGCUGAUGGGAGGGUGGCCCCUUCUGGCAGCCACUGCUCCCCAGCGAGCGUUCUGGAGUUGGCCUUGAUGUGUGGGCUUGUGUAUCCAAAACUGUUUGGAUACAGCUGCUUUGAGCUACAGGACAAAAGCCAACAGACUGAUAGAGGCUCCCACCCCACUCAGGGGACCCCACUCCUCCCCACCCCAGAAACCCUCAGGCCACCUCUCCAGGAGGUGUGAGUAACUGCAGCAACCCCCCGGUGUCCACGGGGCCUGGGGGGCGGUCUCUGACACAAGGACAUGUCUAGACCCCAGGAUGCCCCAGGCCCGGGCAGCUAUUUCAGCCUCCUGUUUGUCAUGGUGGCACCUGUUUCACGGGCAAUUUAACAGCGUCUCAAAAGGGAAUGUGAGUAAUUGCCGUCACUUGUCAGGGGCCCAAAUAGGGUGCUUCGGCCCAACCAAUGUGUCUCCCAGAACUAUUUUCAGGGACCCAACAGGUGGGCCCAGGAGGAAGAUGUUUACAUUUUUUUAAAGGUACACUGGUAUUUAUAUUGCAAGCAACAUUUUGUACUAAGGAAACAUUUUGUAUAGUUAUAUGUACAGUUUAUUGAUAUUCAAUAAAGCGGUUAAUUUAUAUGUAA